AUGCAUUUUUCUAGUAUUUACUUGUUUUCAUUCAUCAUUCUCAACUUUGUGCCAACGAUUUUAUCAUUUGGCCCAUUGAGCUCACACUUUGUUGAAUGGUUGAAAAGCAAUCACUACGAUCACUACGAUUUCUCGAGGCUAGACUAUGGAAUCAAUGGAAGCUUUGGAGGGAAAAUUGAUGAACAUGAUCAAAUUGAACGAACGCCGAUUAUAUUUUUCCAUGGAAACUCGGACGCGGCGUUGACCACAAAUCCGCCAAUGUUGAAUGGAUUCGUCGAGCAUUUAACCUAUUAUACAAAUAAGGGCUACAAACUUUCCGAACUCUACUCAACUUCUUGGCAAGACAAUGAUAUGAAAAAAGCAGCGAUCAGAACUCAUGAUUGUGAAACAAUACAACGACUUCGAGCCUUUAUGAAUGCUGUUCUUGGUUAUACUCAGGCUUUAAAGAUUAGUGUUGUCUCUCAUUCAAUGGGCGUCACAUUAGCGAGAAAAGUGAUUAAAGGAGGGAGAAUUGAAGAGGGAACGACGGAAAAAACGUGUGACAUUGGACCUUCGUUGGCCGAUCGAGUCGAGGUACAUGUGGCGAUCUCUGGCGGGAAUCAAGGCCUUUGUACGUGUCACGGACUUUCCGAAAGCAAUCAGUAUCCCACUUGUAACUCAAAGAAUGGUUUUUGGGCCGGUGAUCGAUGCAAUGAGAACACUGAUUGCAAGCAGUAUCCUCUUGAAGAGGAUUGCACUCAAAGAGAUUACUCUCUUUAUUUAAAAGAUUUGAAUAAUGGUGAACCAGAAGGAGAGUUCGUUUUUAGUUUAUGGAGUAAAGCAGAUGAGUUGGUGAAAGCGGGUUGCUGGAGUUGGGGACAGCCGACUUGUUUGGUUCCGGGCAGCCACGGGAAAAUGAUCUAUGAUGGAUUGAGCCACAUUGAAACUCGAGAUCUUACUCCUAUUGAUGUCUAUUCAAUCCUCACCGAGAAACGAAUUCCUAUCAAAGUCAAACACGAGUUG